AUGGCACCCUCCAAUACUGCGGAUCAGUCCGCCAACACGACCAAGAACUUCAUCAUCAAACAUAUGAACGCCGACCAUCAAAAGUCCCUAGCCAUGUACCUGCGAGUCUACUGCCAUGUCUCAACGUCAGAGGCCAAAUCCGCUCGACUCGAAGACAUCAGUCUGUCCGAUCUACUCCUCAGCGCUAGAGGCACGCGCUACACCGUGCCGCUCGAUCCACCCAUGGCCUCGUUCUCCGAGACUCGCGGCAGAGUCGUGGCCAUGCACAAGGAGUGUCUCCAGAAGCUGGGACUCUCCGACAUUACAAUCAAUGAGUAUCGCGUCCCGCGGGGUGUAGGCGCGGUUGGAUUCGCCGUGUGCCUCGCUGCGAUCGUGGGUUUCUGUCAGCGCGACAACUUCCUGCCCGGGUCGCUGGUCUACGAGACGAUCGGGCUGGACAACUUCCCCGCGAUGGCCCGCCUCUGCUACAAGGUGCAGCCCGCGGUGUUCAUCUUCCUUCUGGGAGCGCAUGCCAUCGAAGCGGCUUUGCUGACCGUCAAGCGGUUGAAACCGCACGGCGUGCCUUUCCUGUCGGCGACGUGGUUUGCCUGGGUGCUAUCCACCGUGGUGGAGGGAUUCGGGGCAUGGAUACGGUUUGAUGCGAUGGUGCAGGAGAAGCGAGGGGGGAAGGAGCAUAAUGAUCCCGUGACGUUCGACCAAAAGGGAAAUCGAAGCGCUGACAUAAUCUACGCCAAGCCCCGUGACGCGAAGUCACGGGACGCGAGACUAGACCUCUCUGGGCCUAGCGCAGUGUGGAAUAGGGCAACCUUCGACACAAGCGAGCCACAGUGCGAAAUUCACGAGAGUCCGACGACCAGCAGUUCAACUCCCCGACGACAACCCCAUCGACCCUUGCCCGCUGCGUUCCUGGUGAAGGGCUGCAGGAUUAGAGGUGAGUUUCUUGUGAUAUCCUCCGCUCUCGAUAUCUCCUUGUUGUUCCUGCUUUCGUUGGUUCUCGCUCCCUGCGUCGUGCGCCGUGGUCAGUCUCGUUUAGCGUCAAUUCGAGUCGGAAUUGGGAUCGAAACGUCGAAGAGGACGAGAAGGUUCACAACAGACAAGAAGAAGAAGAAAUUUCAAACGUCGAAAUUGACAUCGGCAUCGCUUUGGUUCUUUCACCUCCGACACAACGGUCUGGAAAGAUAA